CGCCACAACGGGAACUCCUAAGAUUUCUGAAUCUUGAUGCAGUUUGUUUUCUCUAAAUUAUUUCUGUUGGAAAAUUCCUUGGUUACAAUUUACAGAGGAUUUAAAUGGCAGACAAUGAAUGCCAAGGUUUGAAGACUCAACUUUCAAAAUAAAAAAAUGGAUUUUUCAGUUGUGAAAUAGUGAAACAUAAGACUUGGAAAACUUACUAUUUCAGAUAUAAAAAUCUAGCUUGGAAUGUCUGCCUUUGUGACUAUGACAUACAUGGUCGUGAAAGUAAUUGAUAAUUUUACUUUGCAGAUUACUAGAGGCUUCUUUACAAGAACUAUAUUUACUUCAUGAGAGGAAACAUAGUGCGGUAUUGUUUAAAAUCUGCCUCUUCUAUUAAAUAGCUAGAAAAUGUCUGUAAGUCAUGUUUUAGCAUACUGGAAUUUGGAAUAAGUGCCCCAUUGUUUGUUUAAAGGCUUAAAGACUACUCAAUAGGUUUAUUCUUUAUUAUUAAUGUACUUUAUUUGCUGGUGACACAGUUGUUUGGUUUUAUUGUGCCCUUGGAGAAUUCUUUUUUUGUCGUUGUUGUUAUCUACGUCACUGUUAGGCUUUUUACUUAAGGGGAGGGCUUUUAAGAGGGUAAGCAAAAGAGGCAAUCAUUAUAUCCUGGUAGAUUUCUGUCAUCUAUAAAUGUGAAAGUAAGUCUUUCAGACUAUCUAUGAGAUAAUGAAAAUUAAUUAUAACGUUUAAAUCAUUUUUUGUGGUGAAUUUUAUCACUAGUAAAAUCAUUCUGUCAUAUUUUGGUUGCAUACUUUUCUCAACCAUUUCAUGAUGACUGGAUCAGACUGCCCCUUGCUUAUACCCUGACCAACAAAUUGCACUCUUACCUUCUCCUUUCAUAGAUUAAAUCCCAGGUAACUAUCAAUCUAUCCCACCCACUUACUAAUUUCACAAAUUAUCUGUCUGUCUGUCUGUCUAUCUAUUUUUUGACUGCCAUGUGCUGUGGCUUUCCCAGGGACUUCGGUUCCCGGACCCGGGAUUGAACCUGGGCCAUGCAGCCAGCAGUCAAUGUGCCAAGUCCUAACACUAGACCACCAAAGAACUCCCCACAAGCUUUAAGUGCCUUCCACAUACGAGGCCCAGUGAUAAGUGCUGGAGUAUGGUGGUGGAAAGGCAAACCCAGUUCUGUGACUAAGGAACUUAUCUUCUGAUUGGGUGGAUAGGCAGCAAAGAUCUGAAUAGUUUAGUUGCACAGACCAUAUGUGUUGUGAAAAACAAGUACAGCAUGGUCCACUCUAAGAGGGGUCCUGUCCUAGCCUGGAGAAAGUCGGAAGUCUCUGUGAGCAGAGGACAUUUGUACAGAGAUCUGAAGGAGAGUAGAAUUAACCCAGCAAGAAGAUUUGGGAUAUGGAUUGAGGGGGAUGUGGUAGUUUAGGAUUCCCCAAAGGGUGAUCUCAGAAGAGGAAGCAGCAUAGCCCAUGUUAUUCUAGUUUGCUGCUUAUGAACUUCUUUGCACUUUAGUUUUUGUUACAAGCACUUACAUUUCACUAAAUACAAAUAAGAAUUAGGAUAUUAUGCUUUGCCUCACUUCAUGAUUGUAUAUCCUUAGAAUAUUCAAAUUUGUGUUUCUGCCACCACUGCUCCUUGACCAAUGCUUUCCUCAUAGCAUUUGCUCAGUGGGUACUUGAUGAUAAUAUACCAAUAGUUUUUGUAAGAUUUGGAAUGGAAUCAAGACUGAACAAAAAAAUAUUAUAAAAAUAGCUUUGAUCAUGCUUCACUAAUCCUAUUAUAAUUUUAUAAUUGAUCUAGAAUGAUUAAGUUAUGGCCAUUUUACCUUUUAAUGUACCACUUAAAAUUUGUCAUAAGUAAUUUUUAGAUUAAAAGAGAGCAAUGUUAAAAAUGAAAUUAUCUCUUUCAUGCCUUUAAAGAUGUGUAGAAGCUAUAUCCUUGCUAGGUGAUAUUGAAAUGAUUAACUUGAGAUGUUUCAAUAAAUGGGCUACUCUUUUUUUGAUUCAGCAUUGUUUUUAACUGUUGAAGAACAUCAUACAGAUAUAUUUGAUCUAUUAGUUGAAGAUACAUUUCUUACCAUAUAUUCUUAUAAGGAAAUAAAGUAGUAGACUUAGGUAUUAUACUGGCACUUUUUCCUUUGAUAGUGUUUCAGCAACAACAACAAAAACGCUCUAUGAUGAAAAAACUUUGAAAGUUUUAUAAUUUUAUUAGAUACUGUUAUCCUAAUGAAUAACAUGAAAAAUAACAUCUUUUAAUAUUUUAAGCAUAUUUCAAAGUUCUCAUGAGAAAUUCUAUAUUAUGAAGUGGGGCUGAUGUUAUAAUUUCGGAUUUAAAGAAGGGUUAAGCGGAGAAAUCAUGGUCACCAAGACCCUCAGCAAUGUGAGUGGUGACCCACGUUUUUGUAGACCUCCUCAAUCUUUUUUCUCUUGGUGUAAUCUAUAAACCCUGCCCCCAGGGUCCUGGGUAUGUCUCUGAGAUUCAGUUUCCUCUGCUACUAAACAGGAGCUUAAAUAGUACUUACUUCAGAGGUGUGUUGGGAAGAGUAGACAGAAUACGUAAUCUUUGAAGUUUACUUGAGGAUGUCCCCCAUAUUGUUAUAAUUUAAAAUAUUGUAGGGAAAUGAGUAGGAAUAGGUCUUCUUGCAUUAAGUUUGCAAAGGACACGAGGAAACUUUUCAUAUGCUUCUGAAUCUUGUUUUGUUUGUGUUUUUGUCAGCACAACCAAGUAUUUGUGUUUGAUUCUGUUUCUGUUCCAACUUUGUAUUUUCUUCCUCAGGAGCAUCUAUCAUUCUUAGGUGGAAUCUCCACUUCCUUGUGUUCCCUGUCUAUCAGCCUCUCCCAUCACUCAGGAUAAUGGUUCUACAGCAUUUUGCUGAUAAUGGAAAACAGCUUUAAGUCAUUUCUUCACGUUUCUGUGCUAAGUCACUUUAGAGAGGGAGGAACUAUACCCAAGCAUCUGGACUGGCAUAGAAAAGAGGAGAAAGAACAUUUAAAAGGAGUACAAGAUCCCCAGCAUGAGAGAAUUAUUACUGUGUCUACUAAUGGAAGUAUUCACAGCCCGAGGUUUCCUCAUACUUAUCCAAGAAAUAUGGUCUUGGUAUGGAAAUUAGUAGCAGUGGAGGAAAACGUAUGGAUACAGCUCACAUUUGAUGAGAGAUUUGGGCUGGAAGAUCCAGAAGAUGACAUAUGCAAGUAUGAUUUUGUAGAGGUGGAAGAACCAAGUGAUGGAACCAUACUGGGGCGCUGGUGUGGUUCUGGCACAGUUCCAGGAAAGCAGAUUUCGAAAGGAAAUCAAAUCAGGAUAAGAUUUGUAUCUGAUGAAUAUUUUCCCUCGGAACCAGGGUUCUGCAUCCACUACAACAUCGUCACACCACAAUUCACAGAAACUGUGAGUCCCUCACUGCUACCCGCUGCAGCUCUGCCCCUGGACCUGCUUAACAAUGCUGUCACUGCCUUUAGUACCUUGGAAGAUCUGAUUCGGUACCUUGAACCAGACAGAUGGCAGCUGGACUUAGAAGAUCUAUACAGGCCAACUUGGCAACUGCUCGGCAAGGCUUUUGUUUUCGGAAGAAAAUCCAGAGUGGUGGAUCUGAACCUUCUCAAAGAAGAAGUGAGGCUAUACAGCUGCACCCCUAGGAACUUUUCAGUGUCUAUCAGGGAAGAGCUGAAGAGAACAGACACCAUCUUCUGGCCAGGCUGCCUCCUCGUCAAGCGUUGUGGCGGGAACUGUGCCUGCUGCAUGCACACCUGCAAUGAGUGUCAGUGUGUCCCCAGCAAAGUCACCAAGAAAUAUCACGAGGUCCUUCAGUUGAGACCCAAGACAGGUGUCCGGGGGCUGCACAAGUCCCUCACCGACGUGGCCCUGGAGCACCACGAGGAGUGUGACUGCGUGUGCAGAGGCAACCCGGGAGGAUAACGUCUCGCGCAGCCCCCUACCUGGCGCGGCGGGCUCAGGGCUGACUCUGCCGCCCAGCUCCCGCCUUAUCUCCAUCCUCCAUCUCGGCUGUUUGCUCCAGGGCCCUUUCAUCUUCAGGAUUUACAGCGUGUUCUGAAAGAGGAGACACCACGCAGAAGAAUUAGGGGUUUGGCAACAGCUCUUUGGAGAGGAAGCCCACAUGACAGGAGAAGAGGCCUUCCGCUGAGGAAAGGAAUGAACCUGGUAGAUAUACUAGCUAGUUACAGAGUCCCCACGUGCUCACUGGGCUUUGUUUGUGUCUCAGUUGUCUGGAGGUGGCCUAGGUUCAUGUCAGCACAGGAAACACUGCCCGUGAGUGCCUGGUUCUGUUGCCUUGCUUAACUCUAAAGCUCUGUGCUCUGGGCUAAAAAAUCACAGAAAUCUUGGAUUUUUCUUCUAUUUGCAUAUAUAAGCCAGAGUGUUCUGUAUUCUACCAACAUGGGUUUUAAAAAGGAACUAUGUUGUCAUAAAUUAAACUUGGGUCAGGCUGAUAGGAAAGACUGGAUUUUCCGUAUUUCUUAUUCAAAUGGCUACCAUUUAGGAGAAGAAAACUACAUUCGUGGUUUGGAAGAGACACACCUGAGAAGAGUGGCCUUAUCUUCACUUAAUCUAUAAGUUGGUUUAUUUGUUUAAUGUGUACAUUUUUAUAUUCUCCUUUUGACAUUAUAACUGCUUUUCUAAUCUUGUUAAAUAUAUCUAUUUUUACCAAAGGUAUUUAAUAUUCUUUUUUUAUGACAGCCUAGAUCAACUAUUUUUAGCUUGGUAAAUUUUUCUAAACAGAAUUGUUAUAGCCAGAGGAACAAAGAUGAUAUAAAAUAUUGUUGCUCUGACAAAAAUACAUGUAUUUCAUUCUUGUAUGGUGCUAGAGCUUAGAUUAAUCUGCUUUUGAAAAUAUUGCAGUGGGAAAUGGAUAGAAUUUGGUGAGUUGCAAAGACUCUUUGAAAAUAAAUUAUGUUUUCCACUCCUACUAUUGGAGACACCAGUAGGAAGCAGCAUAUAGGAUUAGGCAUCCAGAUCCAGGCAUUACUAACCCCUAACCCUAUCUUGGGAAAUGUGAGCCUAGCUCAGAAGAACAUAAAGCACCUUGAAAAAAAAGAGACUUGACAGCUUCCUGACAAAGGGUGCUUUUCCAUCCUGUAGGAACACAUCCUAUUUAUUGUGAUGUUCUGGUUAGAUUAUCUUUAGACUCUGUUCCAUACACUUGUAUAAAUACAUGGAUAUUUUUAUGUACAGAAGUAUAUCCUUUAACCAAUUCACUUAUUGUACUCUUUGGCAAUGGUAAGGAAAACCAGUCAAAUACUUUGCUUGUAAAAUGCUUAAUAUCGUGCCUAGGUUAUGUGGUGACUAUUUGAAUUAAAAUGUAUUGAAUCACCAAAUAAAAGAAUGCAGCUAUUUCGGGGAGAAACUAAGUGUGUGUGUCCAAGAUUUGUCUCAAACUACAAGAAAAUAAAAGUGACUAUGUUUUGUGUUACC